CAAAUCUACGGAAGAAUAGAUCGCAAUGCAGACAUCCACCGCCAGUUUUUAGCACCUAAUAUUACUACAUCCAUGAAGAGGAACCUGGAACUCAAAAUCAAUCCCUUCCUAAUCCGAUUCAACGAAUACUCAAAGGUACAGAUUCGAAGAGCCAUCAACUCGUGCUGGAUAACGGAAGGUGACGGAGUUAAAUUGCCUGCUUAGAAAAUCUUCCUGAUACUAAUAGUACCCCAUGAUGCGACCUUGGUGUUGGAGUCAAAAUUGAAUUCAAAACUUAUUCGAGAAGUCCGAUAAUCCGACCACCAUUGGGGUCACAAUGUUGCCGAAAAUGUCAAGAUAGAGAGGAACAAGGGUACAGGAAGUUUCUUCCCAUCUUGUCUCAAGUACCUGGGAACAUCUUUUUCCGUAUCAGAGUCAAUUGACUAUACUCGUUGCAGUUUGUUGCAGCCCUUCGCCGUUUCUUCUCCACCCGCAGCCCACUUUUCUUUCCUUCCUUUGGAGCCUUCCUGCCCAUUCCUUUACGCGAGCAAAAGUGUCAGCCGGUACCGAGUCCCCAGUGAUAGUUCCUCGAUCUGCAGUCGCAAUGUUCAGAUCCAGAUUAUGUAGGGAAAAGGUCUGUUCUAACCGACCGCCUAGAUAAUAUUCUUCAGUCAUGCCGAAAUUGCUGUGGACACGCAUCAAUAUUAUGGCAUUCCUGAAAUGUCCAAGUAACGGAGAGUGUAACGCUUACCUUCGUCGGGUUCAAAGGACAUAUAUAUGGUUCUCCACCCCACCGGCAAACUCCUACCAACUCUCUUUUCAUCCCCCCACUUUGGUGAUAGCAGUUAAUGUCAUCCUACUCAAUCCAACUAGGCCUCAAUGGCCAAUACCCUCCUCAAAACAAUGUACGCGACGAACGGCAGCAUCCCUCUCAACAUUACCCUCAUCCUUCGUACUUCCCACCACCGUAUCCGAUGCACCCGCAGCCGUUCCCUGGAGCUUCAGGUCCGUACCAAGAUCGUUCGGGAGCACCUCUUCAUCCACAAUACAAUCCCCCGCCCACGAAGUUGCCCUCGCUGAAAGAAAAGCUCUUUAACCUUGCAAUGGGUCAAGAAGUCGAAGUUUGCGUUCGGUCCAACGUAUUUGUGGUCGGCUUCGUCGUCAGCGUGCUCACGUUCUUUGAAAAGAUCGCAGGCUUUGGCUACGAGAUUAGAUACAGAACAUCAGGCGGGGAGUCCACCGACGUCUUUGGAGUCGAGCGCAUCCGACCGCGUUGA